AGUUUGGUUAAUUAAAUCAUUUUUGAUCACGCGUCGCUAGUUCAUCUCGACGAUAUCUCGAAUACUGAACGUACUCGAUGUUCAACCGGAGGAAACUGAAAGUGAUCUAUCAUCGUUUAUAUUAUCAAGGUUACCGAAAUUCGGAGAAUGCCGCAUAAUCACAGAAUUAGUGUAAUUAGCGUAUCAGACAAAGAUACGAACGAUGACUCGAACGAUUUCAACAAGGUUGCAAAGAAGAAGCCAGCAGACUUCGAGACAGCGUUAGCAGCUGCUGGUUGUGGAAAGUUUCAGUAUCUUCUUCUUCUGACGAUUAUCCCUGUAUCAUGGUCCAACAGCAUUGAUACCGUCAGCGUGGCCCUCAUUCUUCCCUCUGCAGAAUGCGAUCUGCAGAUGACAAUGUUUCAGAAAGGCAUCUUAAAUGCUGUCAUUUUCGUGGGAAUGGUUUCCAGCGGGUUUCUAUGGGGUUACAUAGCCGACGUCAAAGGAAGAAAGGUAGUCUUCAUGUACGGCUACCUGGCUGACGGUAUUUGUAACAUUCUGUGUGGCUUAUCACAGAACUUUUGGACGCUAGCCUUCUUCAAGCUCCUCAGCGGCUUCAUUAUAAGCGGUCCACACGCAUCGAUUUUAACGUACUGCUCCGAGUUCUACGGAAUCAAGGAACGAGUCAGAAUUCCGCUCAUCGUCGGAUUUUCCAUCAUGUUCGGAAACGCCGUGGCAGCAGCUUUUGCGUGGAUCGUUAUUCCUCAACGUUGGUCCAUCGUCCUCUGGGACGGUCUUUUCGUCUACAAUUCUUGGAGACUCUUCCUGUCUCUGUGCGGCGUGCCAACUCUGUUUGGCCUCAUUUGUCUGUCCUUAUUCCCGGAGAGUCCGAAGUUCUUGAUGACACAGGGUCGCACGGAAGAAGCGUUGCAAGUUUUUCGCAAGAUUUAUAGGAUUAAUCAUGGCAGAUCUGCUGAUGAAUUUCCGAUACAAGACUUGGAGAACGAAAGUUUGACAAAGUCGUCGAACGACGAAGACAGGGAUGGCAAGUUCAAAAAGAGAAUGCUAUUUCGGUAUCCAUAUUUGCUGCGACUUCUUUCCGUCAUGACCAUGCAAUUUGGAUCACUGUGGCUAACAAAUACUUUCCGACUGUGGCAACCUCAGCUUUUCGCGACGUUAGAGAAUUUUAACUCUCUCGGUCACAAUGCGACGCAAGAUCCCACAUUCUGCGAAAUAAUGGAUUUUUCGACUGCGGUAGACGCUUCGGAAGCCAUCGUGGAUAGAACGCACUGUGUAGACACUGUUGUCGACGAGUCGAUUUACAUAAAUACUGCUAUCUCCUCCAUCUUUGGAUGCAUAUGUCUGCUGGUGGCGAGUUUCAUGUUAAAAAUACUGAACCACAAAAUUGUAUUAUAUGUCUGUUAUGGAAUAUCGUUCUGCUGCAUAGCAUUUUUGUAUUGGUCACCCAGCACAUUGUUAACGUUGAUCCUCACGGCAAUGACUGUCGGAUUUACAAACACCACCUUGAGCACCAUCGUUGGUGCCACAGUAAUCCUCUUCCCAACUUCGUUAAGGGCGACAGCAGUCAGCCUGGUGUUGAUGAUAGGCAGAAUAGGUAGCAUCGCAGGAAACAUGCUGUUCCCAGUGCUCCUAUCCUAUGGAUGCAUAGCACCGAUGAUACAACUGACAUUAUUCGACUUACUUUGCAUAAUUUUAACGUGGUUGCUUCCGCUGUCCAAAAAGAAGCCGAAGAAAUAAAGGAAGCCCCGAUUGCGUGCGAAUGCGGUGUUAAAAAUGCACGGUCGUAAUUAACAGCUAUCAGAAGAAUAGCAGAUUUUCUAGAAACACGCCAAGGUAUCGGUCCGGGCGGGGAGGAUUCAUCGAAGCAAGAAAGCACGCGUUGAAAAAAGGCAACGCAAGAACGGAGUGUGUUACAAAACGCAGAGGCACGGGUGGAUACUUCCGGUCGGCCCGGUGUUCACGGUCACAUUUUCAAGCGAAGAAGAUCGAUCACGAUCCGAAACGAUGAUCGAGAGUCGUCGAGGACGCUGUUCUACAGAAACGAGCAUAUGCAUACGGCAAAACAAGAUGCACGGGGGCCUUGGGUUUCACUUUCGACACAUCCUGGAGAGCCCUCCAGCCUUCACCCACAUGCUCGCUCUCCUCGAUACCAUAUAUACGCCUCCGUUCGGCUCUUUCGUGUGGACGAGGCUUUAUCUGGCGCCCGGAAUCUCGACACCUUCGAGGCGGCUACGCUGAUCGAGUAAUUACGCGUGUCCAUAAGAAGCGAGUACGCGUAUUACAAUGAGAGAAAGUCAAGGCGGUACGAUUGCGAAUUUCAGAGUGAUAUAUCGAUAUAUUGUUUAGAACACUAUUUUGAAAUUCUGGAGUCAUUUUUGCUAAUACCUUGGUGAGGAGUUUUGUGCUAGAAAAGUUGAUGUUAUAUUUAUGUUAUGAAUCCUGUAUUUAUAGGAUAUAUAUUCUCAGGUCCCUAGACCUCGAUAUUUCUAGCAGAUAUCUAGAGUACAUCUCUGGAAUCUUAUAUCCGUAGUAUUACCUAGAUCCCUAUUGUAAUUGUUCUUCAAAGCUGCCGUAUAGCGAAAGUCUUCUAACGAAGUCUUGUAACAUCGCGAAUGCAAAAACCAUAGCCGAGGCAUUCCGAAUGAAUUACAGAAGGAAAGUACAGGUGUGAGUCAGAGAAAAACUAUGUUGCCUUUCUUCUUCGUUUGUGGUUAAUUAGCUUUUCAUUGUCACAGUCUUACUAAACAUGCUUAACAUUUGGAUGAUGUUAAAACUUAUACAAUCAUCCAAAUACAAUUAUGUAAAUUGAAGCAUUUACCAUUUAUUAUAAUCUACAUAAUCACAUAUUUUUUUAAUAAUGAAUCUUGAAGAUGUCAA